AUGCACAAGGGGUCUUCGGAAAGCGAGAGUUUCACCACGGAGUAUGAUUAUGUCAUUGUUGGCUCUGGCGCUGGAGGUGGCCCUGUAGCGGCACGAUUGGCUAUUGCAGGAUACAAGGUGCUUCUUCUAGAAGCAGGAGAUGACCAGGGGAAUGCGACCCAGCAAAUUGUCCCCGCGCUGCAACUUCAGUCCACUGAAUACGAACCGAUGAGGUGGGAUUAUUUCGUGAACCAUUACUCGAACUUGACUCGUCAAAAAGAAGACAGCAAGAUGACUUACCGAACACCUGCCGGUGACCUCCAUGUUGGAAGCAAUGGCCCAAAUGGCUCCGAGCCUCUGGGGAUUCUAUACCCUCGAGCAGGUACUUUGGGUGGAUGCUCUGCUCACAAUGCCAUGAUCACCAUCUACCCGUACGAAAAUGACUGGGAGCAACUGGCCAGUCUCACCGGCAAUGCGUCAUGGUCUGCCUCAAAUAUGCGACAAUACUUCCACAGACUGGAGCGCAACCGAUAUCUUCCCAGCAGCUUACUGGGCCACGGAUUCGACGGAUGGCUUACAACGAGUCUUACAGACUUGCGUCUCGUCAUUGAAGACCAAAAGCUUCUGUCCUUGAUCCUAGCCGGUGCCACCGCCGCGGGCCAAACACUGUUGGGUAAAUUGAUCACCACGGUCACGGGCCUUGCAGGAGUCUUACUACGUGAUCUGAACAACCCCCUUCCCUCGCGCGACUACGACGAGGGUCCAUACCAAGUACCGCUCGCGGUGGAUGUUCCCGAGUACAAGCGUACAGGCCCUCGAGAAUUCCUCAUGAAGACAGUCAGCGCUGUGAACUCCGAUGGUUCGCGAAAAUACCACCUUGAUAUCCAGUUGAACACUCUCGUAACCAAACUUCGGUUCGACACCACCGGAGCUAAGCCACGAGCUACCGGGGUUGACUAUCUUCAAGGGCAGAGUCUAUAUCGUGCAGACCCCCGGGCUUCCCAGACAUCGUCUAAUGGGACACCGGGUAGUGUUAGCGUUGCUCGUGAAGUGAUCCUGUCUGCAGGCUCGUUCAACACUCCACAGCUGCUGAAACUGAGUGGAAUUGGUCCAAAGGAGGAGUUGUCCAAGCUUGGAAUCUCAACUUUAGUAGACCUCCCCGGUGUCGGUCGCAAUCUUCAGGACCGAUAUGAGACGGGCGUAGUGGGCAAGUCACCUACCGACUUCGUCCUCACAUCCAAAUGUACCUUUUUGUAUUCUCUUCCCGACCCAUGUCUGGAACAAUAUGAGAACAAUCCCCUCUUCAAAGGCACAUAUACCACGAAUGGAAUUGCCAUCGCCAUUGUUCGCAAGUCAUCCGUCGCAGAGGAUGAGCCCGACCUAUUGAUUUCAGGAGCACCCGCCAACUUCCCCGGCUAUUACCCUAACUACUCCUACGAAGGUCUCAAAGAUGCACAACAUUGGACCUGGAUCACGUUAAAGUCUCGGUCCCGCAACAAUGCUGGCACGGUUGAGCUCCGAUCUACUGACCCCCGUGAUACACCCCUUAUCAACUUCCACUCGUUCGAUACCGGAGUGACCACGGAUGGCGCAGAUGAUAAGGACCUUCAGGCUUCAUACGAAGCAAUGCAAUUCUCCCGCACAAUCUUCGAUGACCUUAUUCCCCUCGAUGGCGGAUUUGAAGAGGUCUGGCCGGGGCCCAAUGUCACUACCGAGAGUGAGAUGAAAGACUUCAUUAAGCAAGAGGCAUGGGGCCACCAUGCCUGCUGUACUGCUGCUAUUGGAGAGGAUGGGGAUCCUCAGGCUGUGCUGGAUGCUGACUUCCGUGUUCGUGGGGUUGACGGGCUGCGUGUUGUGGAUGCUUCGGUCUUUCCCAAAAUUCCGGGGUACUAUAUCGCCCUACCUAUUUAUAUGAUCAGCGAGAAGGCUGCUGAGGUUAUCAUUGCCGAUGCUGUAUGA